AUGAACAGGACUCUCAGCACCGCCGCCCCGAGCGCGGGUGGCAGCCUCAAACGCAAACAAACCGACCACUCGUCCGACGCCGAAAACACUGUCCCGAAUCAACUCAAACGCCGCCGAGUCACAUUCGAUCCCGAAGUCGACGUACGCAUACUGAGCGAGCACCAUGAGAAGAGUCUGGAGCUAGUGGGGGAGGAGGUGCGGCGAGCAAUAGAGAAGCAUGCGACAGGCGAGAAAGCAGCCUACGACGGUCUCAAGGCUCUCUUCAAGGAACCGCCGACAUCAACAAGUGCACCGCUAUCACGACUCUUGCAAAAAUACGUCAUCGCACUCUCGGAACACACGCCAAAACUCGACAGUAAUUGCAAGGGCCUGGUGCACGCCGUCAUCGAUUGCAGCUGGAUUGCGCGCAAUGAAGACUUCCUACGCUCCUACCGAAUCUUUCUGCGCAGGCUGCUCUCGGUUCAAUCCAGCUACAUGUCUACUGUGCUGCAGAUGCUUGUCGACAUGUUUCUGAACACGCCGUCCGUCAACGCUAGGCAGCAGGACGACCCGCCCAUCCAAAGAGUACGCCUACAAGCGCGCGUACACGAGACCCUCAUGGGAAUACUACGUUACAGUCCAAUGGCGAGUUCCUUCCUCGCACCCGUCAUCUCCAGCACCUUCCCAUUUUCCAACGACAGCGCGAAGACACACGUCGAGUACAUCCGAAACAUCUUCAGGGUCACAGAGUAUGCGCCAGAGAUCAAGGGCGAGAUCUUGGCACUUGUGACUGAUAAGCUGUGCAAGAUCGAUGCGCAGAUGCAGGUGGACAUGGAUGACAUGGACGACGACUUGGAGGAGCAACUGGUGGGCGACGCCAUCAAUGACGAAGAAGACGAUGACGACGCGAGCGACGACGGUUCCGUGUCAAGCGAGGAGAGUCUGGAUCCAGAGGAGCAACGGCUCAAGGAUAUCAAAGACAUGAUGCUCAAGCUCGAUACCGUCAUGGACGUACAAUUCUCCUACUACGACUCAAUCUUUGAACGGAGAGACCUUCAAGAGAUGGACCGCACAUACCAAACCCUUAUCGCCCAAUUCCAGUCCAUCAUCAUCCCAACCUACCGCUCACGACAUACUCAGUUCGUGCUUUUCCAUUUCAGUCAGAUGUCAACGGAUUUCGUAGUGCGGUUCGUGGAUACCUGCUCGCAACUAGCUGUCGACCAAAAUCGACCCCCACUAAUACGAGCAUCCGCAUGUGCCUACCUCGCCUCCUACAUCGCGCGUGGCGCUCACGUUCCGGGCUUUGUGGUCCGCGACGUUUUUGACACACUUUGCUCACAAUUGGAGCGUCUGCGUGUACUGCACGAACCAAAGUGCAUCGGCCCAGAUCUACGCCGGUAUGGCACGUACUACGCCAUCGCACAGGCACUAUUGUAUGCCUUCUGCUUCCGGUGGCGCGACCUCAUUGUCACGCCCGACGGCACCUUGCCUACUGAUGCAGACAUCAUGUACCACGAAGGCGACUUCCAGUGGCACCGAUCAACCCUCGAAAUUGUACGGCGUAACAUCUUCUGCAAACUCAAUCCACUCAGAAUCUGCGCACCAGACAUUGUCAAGCAGUUCGGCCGCAUUGCUAAGCACCUCCGCUUCACUUACGUCGAUACCCUGGUAGAGACAAACAAGCGUGUGCGACUCUCUCGCAGUCUGGCCAGUGGUUAUCUCAAUGGUAUUGGCGGCCGAGAGACUGCUCUCACUGGCAAAAAGGGUGAAGAGGCUUUCCUAAUGGAUGCGUACUUUCCAUUCGACCCAUAUGUGCUUCCGCGCAGUAAGCGCUGGGUCGAGCACGACUACGUGCAAUGGCGACCCGUACCCGGUAUGCCAGUAGAAAAAGACGACGAAGAUGAGGACGAUGAGGAUGAAGAUGACGACGAUGACGAAGAUGAUGCUGAUGACGACGAUAGCAGCACUUCGGACGAGGACGAGGACGAUGACGCUAAUGUCGCAAACCCCGAGGACCUCGACGAUGGUAGUACGGAGGCUAGUCUAUGA